AUCUGUACCCAGUGGGAAGGCUAAGUUGCAGAACGCACUGAGAACUGUCAAGUCAAGCCGUUUGCUUUCAUUUCCAUAUUAUGAAAGACAAUAGCGCCGACAGCAGUGCUUAUUACUGCGCAUUUGAGUUGUGCGCCAUUCGGGUCACUGAAUCUCUUUUUGACUUUCUAUUAUGACGAGUCGACGACGACAUCACAACGGAACGCACCUCAGCGGUAUGUGAUGGUUAUAGCUAUGUAAAAUAUUCCCAUUCUCGUCGGGUAAAGCGAUGCCUAGGCUACUGACAGAGAACCAUGAUUUGCAGAGGAUAUAUUUAGUUAGGAUAGUCUACUUUGCGAGAGCAAGAGUGUGUGGCUGUCUGUCAAGCACGGAGUCGCUUUGGCGCGCUAAAGCAUCGUGGAUAAGAUGAUUGUCAGUUAUUUCUCGUAGCGAAGCGAACACCAAACAAAACCCACAGCUACAAAAUUCCAAAUUUGUAGCGAACUUCAGAAAGACGGGUAGGGUGCGCGCCCACCGGUUGCUGUGAUGAAACCCUCUCCAGGCAACGGGGUGAACCUCCAGACUCAUCGAGAAGAAUUGGUGUCCAACGGAGGCUGCGGAAUGUCAGACACCGUGACAGCUGUCCAAACCGACACUGGUCCCGGAUCCCCCAUGACUGACAAGCCGGGAGCAGGAGCAGAUACAGACGCCAAAGGAAUCCCGCGGCGGAGCAGUAUUAUCAAGGAUGGUUCUCGUGCUGGUCGUGAGAGGAAGAAGACGGUCUCCUUCAGCAGCAGUCUCUCUGAGAGGAAGAUCAGCAGCGCUGCAGACUGCAUCAGUGCUAUGGUGAGGGGUACUGAGCUGCGGAAAGUGCGCUCCAACUCACGCGUCUACCAACGCUACUACCUACUGGAGUCAAGUCUGCAGGCCCUGCGAUGGGAGCCCUCCAAGAAGGAGUCAGAUAAGGCCCGCAUCGCCAUCUCCUCCAUCAGAGAGGUCCGCACCGGCCGCAACACAGAGACAUUUAGGACCAACGGCAUCUAUGACCAGAUCUCUGAGGACUGUGCCUUCUCUAUCAUCUACGGAGAGACCUAUGAAGCUCUGGACCUGGUAGCUAACUCUGCAGAGGUGGCCAACGUUUGGGUAACUGGCCUGAGGUAUCUGAUUCUGUAUGGGAAGCAUGCCAUGGAUAUGAUAGCCAGCAGUGAGGACAGCCUUCGUCUCGUCUGGCUAGCAGAGAUGUUCUCCUCUAAGGUUGUUUCAAAUGGACUCGGUGGAAAAGAGGAGGAGGGGAUCAGUUUGCGGUCGGCGGUAGGACUGAUCAAGAGUGUUAACCCUGGAGUGAGGAGUGAGAAAGUAGAACGCAGGUUUAAGGAGCUCCAUCGAAUCAAAGAGAGGACGAGGGGGGCUCGGACAACUGGAGUUGGAACUGAUGUUGGGGCUGUGGCUCUACCUGAAGCAAUGGUUGGGACUUCAGUUGUAGCUGGAGCUGGGACUGGUUCUGGGGAUGGAAUUGAGGUGGUCGGUAUAGGAGAUGGGACUGGGACUAGAACUGAGGUGGUGGGUAUAGGAGAUGUGACUGGGACUAGAACUGAGGUGGUGGCUAAAGGUAACACAGACAACAGAAGAGGAGAAAUAGAGGACAAGGUCACCAAGGAGGAGUUCAUUGAGGUAUUUCACGAACUUUGCACCCGACCGGAGAUCUACUUCCUCCUUGUGCAGUUCUCUAGCAACAAGGAGUUCCUGGAUACCAAGGAUCUGAUGAAGUUCCUGGAGGCUGAGCAGGGCGUGGCUCAGGUGACUGAAGACACCAGUCUGGAGCUCAUCCAAUCCCACGAGCCGUCGGAGGAGGGCCGUCGCCAGGGCUGCCUCUCAUUGGACGGUUUCACCAGCUAUCUUACGUCCCUGGAGUGCCACUUGUUUGACCCGGAGCACAGCCAGAUGUGCCAGGACAUGAGCCAGCCCUUAUCCCACUACUACAUCAACUCCUCCCACAACACCUACCUCAUCGAGGACCAGUUCAGGGGGCCCUCUGACAUCACCGGCUACAUCCGGGCUUUAAAGAUGGGCUGCAGGUGUGUGGAGGUGGACGUGUGGGACGGCCCUGAUGACGAACCCGUGGUUUAUACUGGUUACACCCUCACCUCGCCUGUCCUGUUCCGCUGUGUCCUGGACGUGAUUGGGUGCUUUUCAUUCGCAGCGUCAGAGUGUCCUCUAAUCCUGUGCUUGGAGAACCACUGCUCCCCUUGCCAGCAGAGAGUCAUGCUCCAGCACCUGAGGAGGAUACUAGGGGAGAGGUUGUACACGGGACCCCUCGGGGAAGGGGAGGGGUACCUGCCCUCGCCCCAUGCCCUGAGGGGCAAGAUCCUGCUGAAGGGGCAGAAGUUGAAGGAGGGGUGUGGUGAGACGGAGGGGGAUGUGACUGAUGAAGACGAGGGGGCGGAGAUGUGCCAGAGGAUGAAGGCUGGUAACAGUGAAGGAGGAGGAGGGGAGGGGGGACAGAAAGGUGGCGGGGGGGGUGUUACUAGUAGCGUGAAAACCCUGACCCCUGCUCCUCCCUCUAAACGGUUCCAGCUUCUGAAGGAGCUCUCGGACUUGGUGACUCUGUGCAAGUCAGUACGUUUCACAGACUUCCAGAAGUCUUUCUCAACCCAGAAACCCUGGGAGUUCUGCUCGUUCAACGAGACCCUAGCGGUGCGCUGCGCCAGCGAGCGCCCGGGAGACUUUGUCAACUACAACAAGCGCUUCCUGUCGCGGGUCUACCCCAGCACCAUGCGCAUCGACUCCAGCAACAUGAACCCACAGGACCUGUGGAAGUGCGGUUGCCAGAUUGUGGCUAUGAACUACCAGACGCCCGGGUUGAUGAUGGACCUAAACAUCGCCUGGUUCCGCCAGAACGGGAAUUGUGGGUAUGUGCUGCGACCCACCAUCAUGCGACAGGAGGUUUCAUAUUUCAGCGCCAAUACAAGAGAAUCUGUGCCGGGUGUGUCCCCUCAGCUGCUCCAUGUUAAGGUGAUCAGUGGUCAGAACUUGCCCCGUCCGUGUGGUUCUGGAGCUAAAGGAGAUGUGGUGGACCCGUACGUCUACGUGGAGAUCCAUGGUAUCCCUGCCGACUGUGCCGAGCGCCGCACCCGCACAGUGGUGGAGAACGGAGACAACCCCAUCUUCGACGAAAGCUUUGAGUUCCAGAUCAACCUGCCCGAGCUGGCCAUGGUGCGCUUUGUGGUGCUUGAUGAUGAAUUCAUAGGGGACGAGUUCAUAGGUCAGUAUACCAUUCCCCUGGAGUGCUUACAGCCAGGCUACCGGCACGUACCUUUACAGUCUCUGAUGGGGGAGGACCUCCCAUACGCCCGGCUGUUCGUCCAUGUGGCUCUCACCAACCGGAGAGGAGGGGGCAAGUCCCACAAGCGGGGGCUGUCUGUGCGAAAGGCGAGGCGAGGGAGGGAGUACGCUGCACUCAGGGACCUGGGGGUCAAAGCCUUGGAUGAUGUUUUCAAAAUGGCGGCCCCAUCAAUGAAGGAAGCCACAGACAUGCGGGAGAACAUGCAGAACUCGGUGGCAGUUUUCAGGGAUCUGUGUGGGGUGUCAGCGGGGGCUAACCUCAUGCAGUGUGUGUUGGCCCUGGGGGCCCGUGUUUCGGGCGCUGAUGGGGCCCCCCUGCUGCUGUUUGAGCUGAAGGAGCAGUACCCCUCCAUGGAGUCUCAGGGGCCCCUGCCGGACGUCCUACGCAGGGUGGUGUCCACUUAUGAAAUGAUGAUCCAGGCGAGUAGAGCGGUGAUCGAGCUGUCAGACGGAGUCUACGACAGGAUCCUACAGAUACAGACAACAGCCAUGGAGUUCCAUGAGAAGUUAAAGCCCAUGGCAGUGAAGGAGGGGCUUAAAGGUCGUAAGGUCACCAGAGCUGUGGAGAGUUUCAGCUGGAACAUCACAAUACUGAAGGGGCAGGCAGACCUGCUGAAACGGGCUAAGACGGAGGUACAGGAGAACAUAAAGCAGGUCCACUACGCUGCCCUGACCUCUAACCUCAGUAAGGGCGGGACAGGAGGGACAACCCACACCCGGCGCAGCCUGGACGCCCUUCCUUCAAUGUCGGGUACAGCUCCGGCAAGAAGUUUCCCUUAGUCACAGACAGGUCUAGGAACAGUUUACCUGUCUAAAAUUAUAUAUUGAACCAUAAGGGGGAAAUGUAAAAACUGACCGUAGGUCCGUUUCUAAGGGCACAAUCAUACUAUUCUGAGGAUUAUCAGGGUGAUAAGAAGUUGCUACAUACGUUCUAUAGUGAUAGGCUCCUUCUGCAUCUCACCCGGGGGCUGCUGGAGAUUAGUCUGCCAUCUUCUCCAGACAACGAUGAGAAAGAAGGAGGAUGGACUCAGUUGAAGAGAAAAACUCCUGUUAUAGCACUGCCAAGAGGGAGGAGUAAUGUCGAAGACACUGGAGACAGGAAUGUAGAGAGGAAUGAAGGAAUGAGGUCUGAGGGAAAGAGAGAGACAAUCAGACUGCCCUGUCCCCUACUUUGUAUGCAGCUAUAAAUAAGAAAUGUUUAAUCCUGCUCUCUAUGGGGCCGAUUCAGACCCGAGUUAUGCACUUGUAAAUGGAAUUUAAUUCCCUUUUUAUGCGCUUUUCUUUAAAACGUAUUCUGACCUUGAAUUUGAAAAAUGUUUUAGCCAGCUAUUCUUUCAGGGUGGAGAUCAGAGAAAUGAAUACAUUUAAAAAACUGAAAUAUCACAUUUACAUAAGUAUUCAGACCCUUUACUCAGUACUUUUUGAAGCAUCUUUGGCAGUGAUUCCAGCUGCAAGUCUUCUUGGGUAUGACGCUACAAGCUUGGCACACCUGUAUUUGGGGAGUUUCUCCCAUUCUUCUCUGCAGAUCCUCUCAAGCACUGUCAGGUUAGAUGGGGAGCGUCAUUGCACAGCUAUUUUUAGGUCUCUCCAGAGAUGUUCAAUUCAAGUCCGUGUCUUGUUGGAAGGGGAACCUUCACCCUAGUCUGAGGUCCUGAGUGCUCUGGAGCGGGGUUUCAUCAAGGAUCUCUCUAUACUUUGCUCCAUUCAUCUUUCCCUCAAUCCUGACUCGUCUCCCAGUCCCUGCUGCUGAUAAACAUACCCACAGCAUGAUGCUGCCACCACGUGCAUCACCGUAGGGAUGGUGCCAGGUUUCCUCCAGACUUGGAGCUUGGCAUUCAGGCCAAAGAGUUCAAUCUUGGUUUCAUCAGACCAGAGAAUCUUGUUUCUCAUGGUCUGAGAGCCUUUAGGUGCCUUUUGGCAAACUCCAAGUGGGCUGUCAUAUGUCUUGCACUGAGGAGUGGGCACUCUACCAUAAAGGCCUGAUUGGUGGAGUGCUGCAGAGAUGGUUGUCCUUCUGGAAGGUUCUCCCAUCUCCUCAGAAGAACUCUAGAGCUCUAUCAGAUUGACCAUCAGGUUCUUGGUCACCUCCCUGACCAAGGCCCAUCUCCCCCGAUUGCUCAGUUUGGCCGGGCAGCCAGCUCUAGGAAGAGCCUCUGUGGUUCUAAACUUCUUCCAUUUAAGAAUGAUGGAGGCCACUGUGUUCUUGGGGACCUUCAAUGCUGCAGACAUUUUUUGGUACCUUUCCCCAGAUCUGUGCCUCGACACGAUCCAUUCUUGGAACUCUACGGACAAUUCCUUUGAUCUCAUGGCUUGGUUUUUGCUCUGACAUGUGCUGUCAACUGUGGGACCUUAUAUAGACAGGUGUGUGCCUUUCCAAAUCAUGUCCAAUCAAUUGAAUUUACCACAAGUGGACUUCAAUCAAGUUGUAGAAACAUAUAAUGGAUGAUCAAUGGAAACAGACUCCACCUGAGCUCAAUUUUGAGUCUAAUAGCAAAGGGUCUGAAUACUUAUGUAAAUAAGGUUGAUUUUUUUAGACAUUUGCAAAUGUCAUUAUGUCAUUGUGAGGUAUUGUGUGUAGUUUGCUGAAGAUCUUUUUUAUUGAAUCCAUUUUAGUAUAAGGCUGUAAUGUAACUAAAUGUGGAAGAAGUCAAGGGGUCUGAAUACUUUUCGAAGGCACUGUGUGCUGUAUUCUUACCUUAAUUCCACCAACUUUACGUGCGAGGAAAGGAUGGGUAAGGUCGAGCAACCUGUCGGUUCCAGGUGGAACAUCAUCUACUUCAUUCUUUCCUGAUACAAAUAACACCAUUCUCCACACACUGUAAUUUACAAAUGGAUAAAUAUUGAUUUGGUCUAGGUAAAUGAGUAAACCAUUUGGAUAAGGGGAUAGUAAAUAUAAAUUACAAUUGUUUAGAACUAUUUUACCUUGAUGAUCACUCCAGAUGAAUGUGAAACCAGUCAUAUGUCAGUAAACUGAAGCAUAUCAACAUGUCAACUUUUCCACAGUGAAUUUGAUGAAAUGCUGGCCUUAAAACUUGCAGGGAUGAAAUGCGGAGACUCAAGCUGUAGGUUGAUAAUAGUAUAGCGCCAAACCUACCGAGUUGAUUUAUAGAAUGUUUUAAUUAUAUGCCCCGACUUCUCAUCGUAUUUUUUUACAAUUUGUAUUCUGAUAAAUAUCAGCCACUAUCGGUAGCCACCGUCCGUUUUACCCACAUACAUUUAUAACCACUAUUUUUGAUUCACCAAUAUAUUUUGUGCAUAAAAGCCAUCCAAACAUACUUUUUUUGAUUUUUCAGAAAUACUUUCCUAACCCUAAAAAAUAUACAAUGAUCUGAGUAUUUUUAAGUCUACCAAUUGGUGCUGAAAAGGAGACGUGUAUUCACAUGGCUUUCUUUCAUUAAUCCCUAAUAUUCUGUACAGUUCUUUCCAUAUAUUGUCUGCCGAGAAAAUUCUAAUUAAAAGGUACGCAAAAUUUUAAGGGGUGGCUUUAGAUAAAUGUACUGAAAACUCCACAAGAAAAUCUGUUGGUCAGCCAGUGGGAAGAUUUUCAGCUGUGUAAUUACAUUUAUUCGCUCGCAUAAGGGAACCACACCUGCAAAGCCAAUUACGCACCUACAUAAGGUAAGUCUGAAUACCAAAUACUGACGAGUAGGAAAGGGGUGCGUGCAUUUCCUAAGUCUGAAUCGGGCCCUAUGUGCAAUUUUUGUUACUCUUGGUUUGUGUUUAUUUUGGGGGGAGUGAAGAGGGUUUUCAGGGUCAUGAAACUAUACAGUCCCUUCAGAAAGUAUUCACACCCCUUGAUGUUUUCAACAUUUUGUUGCGUUACAGCCUCUACUUAAAAUUGAUUCAAUUUAGGACACUACCCAUCCUGAUAACUUGGCCCUGAAGCUUUUGGAAGUUUAAUUUCUGUACCUUAUUGUGAAAUGUGUAGCUUCCAGAAGCUUUAAAAUGAGGGCCAGAUUGUCAGGAUGGGUAGUGUACUGUAUGAGUACACAUUAAUUACAACUAAGCACCCUUCAAGAUACACUUCAUUUUAACUAGCUAAAUGCUGUGUAACAACUAGUACUUACAUUGUACUUAGGCAAACAUUACAUGUACUGUGUUUUUCCACAUCUGGGAUGCCACCCAAGUCAUUGAGUUUGACCUACUGAUCUGUUUUUACCUGAUCAACCAAGUUAACCCAGAUGCUGCACUUUAUUUUGGGGUCAAGUGCCAGCAACAACACUGAGCGGAGAUAUAGUUUGAACAGUGCACAUUCAAGGCUAAGUAAUUACAGCCUAUUGAGCAUAAGCUAUAAUCUCUCAGAUACCCAGCACAUCCGCGACUGAUCACAACCUGUGAGACAGUUGUUACUGUAUGCAGCUGAGAAGAGGCGAAACACUAAGCUGGUGAAUUUAGUGGAAACCUGCCCAUUUGUAACACCCUUGUAUUUACACACUUGCUAGUUAACCACAGUACUUAUUACGGUGUAAUUACAAUGUAACAAGGACCCCUUCAAACUAAAUGUUACCGGAAAAAGGGGUGUGAAUAUGUUUUGAAGGCCUGUAGCACAAAGUGAAACUGAUUGACAGAAGUGUGUGUGCUUCAGGAGGCUGAUACAGAAUGUGUGAAUGCUACUGAUAUCUAAUAAUAAAAUGCCAUUUAGCAGACACUUUUAUCCAAAGCAACUUACAGCAGUGCGUAGUACAUACACUUUCAUAUUGGUGGCCCCGGCUGGAAUCAAACUCACGAUACUGAAGUUGCAAACGCCAGCAGUCUACCAACUGAGAUGUGUUAAACCCAUAUUUCAUUUCUGAAUUGGUUAGGGUCAGUUUCAGAUUUGGACUAGUUGGGCUGUCAAUGGGAUGCUGGUUAGAAACGGCAUGAGAUUAAGCUAUGGUCAGAAGGUCCACAAAUGUUCUACUCAUCCUAAUUCUAUGGAUGUCUAUUGGUGGCAUAGGGUUCAUUUAACUCAACCAGACAGUGUUAAUGAUUCAACCAUCAGAAACAGUGUAACAGUAUUUCAAGUUCUCCUUCCAUGUCACUUAGACCACUGUUUUGUUAUGGUGUUGUCACAUUACGCUAUUUUAAUAUCUGGUUUUAUCCUCAUUGAGUAAAAUAUUACUGCAUUUUUACAAAAUGGUCAUUUUCAAUCAUUGGCCUUUUGUCUUAAGUCAGUGUGACAAAUCUGCCUGCACUGAGGGAUGAGCGUUGCCUAGAUGCCACCUGUCGGAAGACAAUGGUUGGCGUCUUGAAAACCUUUGUUAUUCACCUGAUGUUAUAAGACAAGUUGUCUCUUAAUAAAUUGACAUCAAUAUCUCCUCCAAACCAUAUCCAUUAGAUGUGUUACUACACCCAAACUAGGUCGCAGUUGUAAAUGAGAACUUGUUCUCAACUGGCCUACCUGGAUAAAAAAAACUAUAUGCAAAUAAACCAGCUAAUUUAUAA